UUCAUAAUAAGAAUAAUGGUCUCAGUUAAAACAAAGAAAUUUUCUGUAAUGUCACGCUCUUUUUAGAUUUUUUAUAGUAAAAAUAUUUCUAUACAGUUUUAGGUAUAAUUUUUGGAAAAUUUUUAAUUUUAAAGGACUGACAAUAAUGUACGGGCGUCAGACGUUGAAGUGGUGACCAAAAUUGGGUUGCCACGGGCCAUGGAGCCCGAAGAUGAGAAGAAAAAGAAGCUAAACGAUGACGUGGUGGUGUUUAUGCGCAAACGCAGCGAGACCGAAGCACCUCGUUAUACUGCCCGCUUAAAAACCUACGUCGAUUUCCAGCAAAAGCGUCGGCGAGCCGCUGCCGCACGGCGCCACUCUGAACAAGGCCACCACCACGACAGGAAACCAGGAUCCGCCACCAAGAAGAAGAACGAUGGUGACCAAAAAGAUAAAGCUCAGGAGAGUCAAUUCACACCCAUUAUCUCUUCUUCCAGAGAACACGCCGGGAAUGAUGAAGACCGCAUGAGUAGGAGUAGACGCGGCACUGCCGGCGGUGAGAAGUGUGUCCACCGCACUCGAUCGUUCUCCCGCGCGUCGUCCGGCGAGCCGUCCGACCGGUGCGGCCGGCGCCGGCGCCGCAAGAAGUGCUGCCCUCGGCGCCGCCGCCGUCGAUCGUGUCGUCGCCGUCGCCGUCGUCGCAGUUGCCGGCGCAAACGGCGACGCAGCUGUAGCCGACGCCGUCGCCGCCGUAGCUGUCGCCGCAAGCGACGCCGCCGCUGUGGCCGCCGCCGUAAGCGUCGCCGCUGCUGAUCUCCAACCUUGCAGGCUUGUGCCAGUUAAAUUUAAUCGGAGUGUAUGUGCAAUGAAUAUAAUAUCCUCAAAAAUGUU